UUAACAUUAAUUUACACCGAAAGUGUGUCCUUUAAACUCUCAAACAAAAUAAAAGACGUUCCUCUAGAAUCAUGCAAAAACUGCCACGUGGGAAAUCCUGAUUCUGUUGCUUGAACCAUUUCUAAUGGUGUUCAAUACCCUUUCAAUUUUUAAGCUUCAAUUUUGGGAAACUUUGGACGAAAAUGGCGAUUGGAAAUGCAGGAAUUACCAAUUGGUUCCAAAAGAAUAUCACUGAUCCUCUUCUCGCCAUUCUCAACAGAGAGGUUGGAGAUAUGGAGCAUGAACAUUCUAGUGUUGAGAAUUUGUCAAAAAAACAUUCUAGUGUUGAGAAAUUUACAUGGAAGGUUGAGAUCUUUCCCUUUAACCGGGGAAUUUACUCCGAGCCAUUUGUCCUCGGUGGUUAUCCAUGGAUAUUAUAUCUGUAUCCAAUUAGGAGUAUCAAAGGAGACGAAAGGCUAUUAAUUUAUUUGAAGGCUGUGCAAACUGCCAAUACGUUUGAGGGAUGGAGCAGAGAUGUCAAACUUAAGUUGUCUGUAUAUAGUCAGUUCAACAGUAGCAUUACAAUCACAAAAGAAUCUAACUAUGAGUUCAAUGCAAGCAACACUUUCUGGGUUUUUGAAUCUUUCAUUGAUCCUAAGAAGGGGUUUAUUGUGAAGAAUGCUUUCAUUGUCGGUGCAGAAGUUUAUGUUUGUAAUUCAAAAAAUGAGAAACAAGUAAAUCAAGCAGUUAACUUCGUUUCAAAGUCGAAGCUAGAAGAAGACGGAUGCCAAAAUGUAAGCGAGCUUAUGGAUAUCAAGGGUUUGGCACAAAUAGAUAAAUCCUUUGCUCCUUUACUAGAAGAAGCAUGUUCGCUACACCCUUCACUUAUUGAGUGCCAGCAGAAAAGAAGUCGUAAGUUUAGAGAAUGGGCGUUCACGGCUUUGGGCAGAGUUCUUUAUUUCCUUAAGACCAGAAAGGUGAAAGAUAUGAGUGACUUGGCCUGUAAGGAGCUUCAAGUUUUAUGGGAGGAACUUCAGCCAUUUGGUUUUGAUUUGGCUUGGCUAGAGCCUCGUGUUCAAUCAGCCAUAGGACCGAAAAAUUAUUUCGAGAAAUUGAAGGAGGCAGAAAAGCUAAAGGAUAAAGUGGUAUCUCUAGAGUUGGAAAGGCAGAGGCUUAAGUCAAAGAUAGCUAUUGUAGAGGUAAAUCUUGAUGCUGCAAGAGGCUUGUUGAUACUCCCUCCGUACCACAAUAUCGACCAUAUUACACAAAUUAUGUAAUGCAAUUAAUGUUGUAUGGAAAAGAGAAAUUAUGGGUUGUAUUACAAAAUUGUCUUUUAUUAAUGGUAUGGAAAAGAUAAAUUGAAGUCUUGAAAGAA